AUAUUUUUGACUCCUUACAUGUCAUGGUUUACGCGUGAAAAUCAUGACACAGUAUCACGGGAAGACUUGCAGUGAUUAGUUUUAAACCAAACACACACAGGGAAUCAGAUAGUCGUUGGUUUAUGUUGCUUACCAACAGAAGCUAAAUGAUUCGGUCAGUGGGUUUGUUGUGAGAAAAGACAACUUUGCUGAUAAAACGCCUCAGCGCGCGGAGAGACGGGAGACGCUCUGUCGCACGCGAAGAUGUCUAGGAAAAAGGGCGGUAAAGGCAAACAGGGGGGCAGUACGCCCUCGUCCUCACCGGCUAGCGGGAAGGAGACGAGUGGUAAAGGUGGCGCGGGCACCGGGGCCCCGACUCAGACCAACGGGGUCGUCCAUCCCAGCCGACCGUCACUCAGCACCAGCGGCGAGUUCUACGACUUGGCUUUCAAGGUGAUGUUGGUUGGUGAUUCUGGAGUAGGUAAGACAUGUCUCCUCGUCCGCUUCAAAGACGGAGCGUUCCUCGCUGGCAGCUUCAUAUCCACUGUGGGCAUCGACUUCCGGAAUAAAGUGAUGAACAUGGAUGGGGUUAAGGUCAAACUGCAGAUCUGGGAUACAGCAGGACAGGAGCGCUUCAGGAGUGUGACACAUGCUUACUACAGAGACGCUCACGCUCUGCUGCUCCUAUAUGAUGUGACCAACAAGUCCUCAUUUGACAAUAUUCAGGCCUGGCUGACGGAGGUUCAUGAGUUUGCACAGAAGGACGUUGUGCUGAUGCUGCUGGGAAAUAAGGCUGAUGCCACUCAUGACAGAGUGGUGAAGAGGGAAGAAGGUGAAAGGUUAGCCAAGGAGUUUGGUGUUCCCUUUAUGGAGACUAGUGCCAAGUCCGGCCUCAACGUAGAGCUGGCCUUCACAGCAGUGACAAAGGAGCUGAGACAUAGAGAGCUGAGGGACUCGAGUGAGAAGUUCCAACUGCAGGAGUACGUCAAUAAAGAAAUGAAGGGAGCCGGCUGCUGCAGAACCUAAACACAACCCUGUGUGUGUGUGUGUGUGUGUGUGUGUGUGUGUG